AUGCUGAACGUGACCCAGAACCUUGUUCGCGCUACCCCGCGUCUUGCGCGGUCUGCCUCUGCUCUUGUCAUUGCUGAGCAUGACAACUCUUCGCUGGCCAAGGCUACGCGGCACGCCGUGUCGGCUGCCGCUGCUGUGGCUGGCUCGGACCCUGUUGCCGUCCUUGUCGCCGGCUCCAACUGCUCUGCCGUUGCUGAUGCUGCUGCUGCCAUUGAUGGCGUCUCACAGGUCCUUGUCGUCGACGCUCCCGAGGUCGAGCACCCCAUUGCUGAGAACCUUGCCGCUGCCGCCGCCGCUGCCGUCGAGGCUCACGGCUUUGGCACCGUUGCUGCCGCCGCCACCGUCUCGGGCAAGAACGUCAUCCCGCGCAUCGGCGCCCUGCUCAACGCUCAGCCUAUCUCUGAGGUUGUUGAGGUUGUCUCUGAGGACACCUUUGUCCGCCCCAUCUACGCCGGUAACGCCCUCGCCACCGUCAAGUCCUCGGACCCGGUCAAGCUCAUGACCGUCCGCGCCACCAACUUUGACGCCGCGCCCGCCGACGGCGGCUCCGCCGACAUUGUCGCCAUGGACGCUCCGGACUUCCCGCUCGCCGACAAGGUCAAGUUUGUCUCGGCCGAGCUCUCGCAGUCGGACCGCCCCGACCUUGCCUCGGCGCCGGUUGUUGUCUCGGGUGGCCGCGGCCUCAAGUCGGGCGAGAACUUUGCCAUGCUUGAGAAGCUCGCCGACCUCCUCGGCGGCGCCAUGGGCGCCUCGCGCGCCGCUGUCGACGAGGGCAUGGUCAACAACGCCCUGCAGAUUGGCCAGACCGGUCUCAUCGUCGCCCCCGACCUCUACAUCGCCGUCGGCAUUUCGGGCGCCAUCCAGCACCUUGCCGGCAUGAAGGACUCCAAGGUCAUCGUCGCCAUCAACAAGGACGCCGAGGCGCCCAUCUUCUCCGUCGCCGACUACGGCCUCGAGGGCGACCUUUUCCAGAUCGUGCCCGAGCUCACCGAGAAGAUCGCCGCCAUCAAGUCCGCCGCCUAG